GUCCAUCAGCACCGCGGGACGUGAAAACACACUCGCCCUCACAAAUCAUCCUUCUGCUUAGCCUUUGAGUAGCUCUGGGUCAAGGGGCCCCAUAGGGGGAAGAAACGCAAGCGGAUUAUGCCGGUAAACCUCAGGGAAGCGCGGGCUGUCUCUGUGGGCCAAGAUUCUUCCCCUUCAGCUCUGGGUCUUCCCCUUGGCCUGGAGAAGUGUUGGGAGCUAGAAGGAAGGUGCCUGUAAGUAAAGGGCCCUGUCCUUCCCCCAGGGCAGAGAUAGCGAGGAACUCCUUGCGGGUGUGCUGCCCGGCAUCAGCUCAGCAGCUUAUGGCUCUCUCGGCCUCCCAGCUCUUGAGGUCACCGGACCUGCAGAUGGCCCCACCCGCUGCUUUAGCGGGCAAGAGAGUGAGAGAGGCUGCCCUCGCGCACGUCUUAGGGGGUAGUUAAAAAAGACAAAGACUAAAGAAACCCGAUGUCUGGGACUUGGGACCACUGGGCUGAAAGAGGAGUGCGGGUGGGGUUACAAAACAGGACGAGAGAUGAUUCAAACUGGGAGUGUGCGCUGACCUCCCUACCCCUCAGAGCUGCAAAGCCUUCGGCUGGGAUCUGGGCUCUUUCUAGGGGCGCCCGGUCACCAAGCCUGGGUGUGCAGCCCUACAGGCGAAGUGAGCCGCAGUGGGGAGGUGAAAGCAAGCGAGCGGAAGAGGGGGACCCAAGGAGGUCAGCGCCUUUGAGGCAGGACUGGGGCAGGGAAGCAGGGGAAAUCAGGCUAGCCGACAGGAGCCCCCAGGCCCGUCAAACAUCCCACCUCUACACCCCAGAGAGUGUUGGUGGUAUUUGAAAAAGGAUGAUCAAGAGGUGGAGGGGAGUCGAGGGGACGUUCCUAGUGCUGGCCUUGGAGUGGCAGGGCUAGGACCCCGAGGCUGGGCAGGAGAAGGACCCGCCCCUCUGAGGGGGGAGGGGCUGAGAAGGGGCCCGGUCCCGGCGUGAGAGGAGGAGCCCCGGACUAGCCCGCUCCCAGCUUUAGCUUCCGGAGCCCCAGUUGCUCCGCCGCCGAACUUCCAACUUCUGCAGCGACUCGGGCGGCGGAGGGUCGAGCGCUCGCCCACCUCUAGCGCAGGCGGCCUGGGCGGGGUUGCAAGCCGAGCUUGACCGUGGGUAGAACCCGUGCGGUUGCGCGCGUUCCAGAAGUCCCACUCCCCUGACCUGUACAGUUGGAAAGAGUCCGCUUGGAACCUCUUCUAUCUCCAAAGCGGCCAGCCUUCCUCCAGGCGCUCCCCAUGCACCUGCCGGGCUGCGCGCCCGCCAUGGCCAACGGGAGCUUUUCGCUCGCGGGUCACCUGCUCCGCAGUCCAGGCGGGAGCACCUCGCGGUUGCACAGCAUCGAGGCCAUCCUGGGCUUUACCAAGGAUGACGGGAUCCUCGGUACCUUUCCGGCGGAACGGGGCGCCCGGGUAGCGAAGGAGCGGGAGCGAAGGCUGGGCGCGCGGCCCGCCUGUCCCAAGGCGCCUGGGGGAGGCGCGGAGCCCUCCCCGCCGCCAGCACCCGCGCCGGUCCCCGAGUACGAAGCCUCUCGCCCCUACUGUCCCAAGGAGCCGGGGGAGGCACGGCCGAGUCCAGGGUUGCCUGUCGGGCCAGCCGCUGGCGACGCGAAGCUGUCGGAGGAGGAGCAGCCCAAAAAGAAGCACCGGCGGAACCGCACGACUUUCACCACGUACCAGCUGCACGAGCUGGAGCGCGCCUUCGAAAAGUCCCACUACCCUGACGUGUACAGCCGGGAGGAGCUGGCGGGCAAGGUCAACCUACCCGAGGUCCGGGUCCAGGUGUGGUUCCAGAACCGACGGGCCAAGUGGCGACGGCAGGAGAAGCUGGAAGUGUCCUCCAUGAAGCUGCAGGACUCGCCCCUCCUCUCUUUCAGCCGCUCCCCUCCCGGCCUGCAGCCGCUCGGGCCGCCGCCGCCGCCCGCCUACCCAUGCGGGCCCGGCUUCGGGGACAAGUUUCCGCUAGACGAGGCGGACCCGCGCAACAGCAGCAUUGCUGCGCUGCGUCUGAAAGCCAAGGAGCACAUCCAGGCCAUCGGGAAGCCGUGGCAGACCCUCUAAGGGGGACUGAGGAGCCUGCUGCGUGUUGACUGCGAACCGAGUGCACGGUCCCGAACCCUUUCUCUCCUGGACCCCUCACUGGGCCACUCUUUCCCCGUCCCUCCUGCAAGCCGCCUGCCGGGCGUGGGUUAGGGUCGCGCGCCUGCUCCCGACUCAUAGGGAAGGACCAGCCGUCAGGCCGGAGGUGGCCCUCUGGGCACUUCCAUUAACAACCUCCGUCCCCAGGUUCUGAUGCUGGAGGGUGGCUCCGCUGGGCACCCUGCUCUUUUCCCUGCCAGCGCCAGAUCCUCGAUAUUCAAGGAUCCACUGCUUCUAACCUUGGUUUCCGGAAGGGGAAGGAAUAAGUCAGAAAAAUAUAGUUUGAGAAACUGUAUGAGUAGUUUCAAGGUGUUUGGAAAGAGAAUUAAAGAUUUGCUUGUUUGGACUUGA